CGCUAGAAGCGUUGAGCAAAUGUCAUCCCCUUCUCAUGGUGGCUGACCUCCCCUUGUGAAAGAGCAGUGUAGCGUUGGACUGUGUGUUUUCUCUCACUCAAUGUGGUCUUCUCACGGUGUGACACUACCAUGUGAGUACAGGCCAAAUCUUCCAACUGUUUUACAUUUUAGUUCAGCUUUCUUAGUAUGCUAAAUUUCACUUACUUUCCUGUGUCUUGCAUACUGAUUUAAUAAAUUCGGGAUAAUAUUUCCUAACUUAAAUUGCACCAGAACAUCUUUUCAUCAAAGUGACAUUGAGCAAAGCAGAACAUAGAAUUACGAAAUAAUAUAAAUACAAAUGACCAUUUGUUGGUGCAGUCUUUAAGCACCAUAUUAUGGUGCUGGCUGUACGCAACAACCAAUGGUGCCGUCUGUAACCACCAAAUAUUGCUGCCGGCUGUACGCACCAAAUAAUGCUGCCGGCUGUACGCACCAACUAAUGGUGCAGGCUGUGCACACCAACAUCCUCGUGCAGGCUGCACACAAAAUUAUGGUGCAGCUUGUACCUACCAUCCUUUCAACUUACCCAACAAAGGACGGGACGCUGCGAAUUCUAUAAUAAUUAUUCGGGAAUAUUAAACAAUAAUGUUCUAUAAAACUUUUUUUGAUUCAAGGAUUUUUUUUUUAAAUUUAAAAUCAUUUAAGUUAUGUCUUUAAAAUAAAUUAUGUCAAGAAAUAGAAAUUGCUUACAUCUCUGACUGGCAGUGCCUAUACAUCUCUCCUGCUGACUGACAGUGUCUACACAUCUCUACUGUUGACUGACAGUGUCUACACAUCUCUCCUGCUCACUGACAGUAACUACACAUCUCUUCUGCUGACUGGCAGAGUCUACACAUCUCUACUGCUGACUAACAGUGUCUACACAUAUUUACUUCUGACUGACAGUGUCUACACAUAUUUACUUCUGACUGACAGUGUCUACACAUCUCUAAUGCUGACUGACAGUGUCUACACAUCUCUACUGCUGACUGACAGUGUCUACACAUCUCUACUGCUCACUGACAGUGUCUACACAUCUCUACUGCUGACUGGUAGUGUCUACACAUCUCUACUGCUGACUGACAGUGUCUACACAUCUCUCCUGCUGACUGAUAGUGUCUACACAUCUCUACUGCUGACUGACAGUGUCUACACAUCUCUACUGUUGACUGGCAGUGUCUACAUAUCUCUCCUGCUCACUGACAGUAACUACACAUCUCUACUGCUGACUGGCAGUGCCUACACAUCUCUCCUGCUCACUGACAGUAACUACACAUCUCUACUGCUGACUGUCAGUGUCUACACAUCUCUCCUGCUCACUGACAGUAACUACACAUCUCUUCUGCUGACUGGCAGAGUCUACACAUCUCUACUGCUGACUGACAGUGUCUACACAUAUUUACUUCUGACUGACAGUGUCUACACAUCUCUACUGCUGACUGGCAGUGUCUACACAUCUCUACUGCUGACUGACAGUGUCUACACAUCUCUACUGCUGACUGGCAGUGUCUACACAUCUCUACUGCUGACUAGCUGUCUACACAUCUCUACUGUUUCUGUACCAUUUACAGCUUUUUUUCUAAAUCAGAUUAUUGUCAUAAACACUUUGAUUAGUAAACACAAAGAAAUUGUGUAAGUAAAACCGUAUGGCUUUGAAUUAAUUAAAGGACAAAUGACAAAAUUAGACUUAACGUCAAAUUUUUAAUCCAAAGAAACAAAAAAAUUAUUCAUGAAUUGAAAUAACUUAAUUUUGUCCAUUUGCCUCGUUUAGCAAAUAUAUUUACAUUUUAACUAAAGUUGAGUUUCUUAUCUACUUUCUUCUUUUACUUAAUGCGCCAUCUACUUGCUAUUAUUGCGUUAGUACGCCAUCUAUCGGCUGCUAUUAAGUUAGUGUGGUAUCUAAUGCCUUUUAUUUAGUUAGUGCGCCAACUGCUGUUAUUUAGUUAGUGCGCCAUCUACUGUCUUUUAUUUAGUCCCAUGUAUCGUCUUUUAUCUUGUCCACUCUCUUGGGACACCAGCUUUGUUCAUUCGUCUCAAAUGAGCAAAAAUAUGUUUCAGAUUCUCUCCCUUUGUCUUUGUCUCCCCUUCCUUAAUGAUGUAGGAAUAUUUUUUUUAGGGGUAGUUAUGUAAAGAAAAGAUUACUGACUGCUCUCUUAGGAUUAUCCCCCCUUUAAACCACCAGUCCCCCCCCCCCCCCCAUCUCGUAGAAUGUGAUUGAUGUGGCGCUCAGGAGUUCGUCGUCUACAUGACGUCACAUUCCAUCAAAGUAUCACAUUCUCCCCAUACAAUUACAAAGGUAAAGGAUUAACCUUCAGUUGAAGUUAGAUUAACCUUCAGUUGAAGUUACAUUAAACUUCAGCUCUACAGCUCCACGAAAACCGUGGGUCCUAAUUUUGAGUAGGAACCAUAAUUAUAGUGGGGAGACUGCCAUAACGUUUUAUAAAAAGAAACCAAAGUGGUCAGGGUCAAGGUCACGGAGAGCUUGAAGAUAUAAAAAAAAAAAAGACAACACGAAAGAGUAAACAGCAAACAAUUCAAACAAGACAAAUGAACGGGGAAAAGAACUUAGAUCAUCGGGAAUGAAGCUGUAGAUAGUCUCAGGGGGAAACUCAUAGGACACCGAGAGCUCAAGAGUGCCUUGAAUUUUGAGUACAAAUUUCAGAAAACAUCAUCUCUCAGUGUGCAUCUCAGGGUUGACAAUUACCAAGAUUCGAAUAUUCGAUACAAUAUUAAAAACAUCAAAUACGAUCAAAUAUUUUUCUCCUGUUCCUUUUUUCACUCUUUAUAUCUUUUUUUUUCCCCUGUCCGCCGACUAAAGGCUUUCUAUUGACAUGUUAGUUGUAUUGUUUCGUAUUCUUUCAAAUGUUCGCUUAACUUGUGUUUUAGACUAAUUAGUUUGUAUUUUUUUUAAGGGUAAUCGACUGUGUUUUCUGCUUCCAACUUCUGCUUGUCUGUUUUCCUGAAGUUGGGCUUACCAAAUUUGCCCAGAUGAUGUUUAUUUUCAAUCAGUAGUGCUUUAAAGCAGCUCUCCUGGGAAGGGGGUGGGGGGCAUAAUAUAUUUUAUCAAUUAUAUUUGAUAACAAACGACGAAUUUGUCCUUUUUAUGACAUGUAAAAAAAAGAGAGAGUAACUGGUGCCUGCUAACGAUUACUCUUAGUGAAGCCAGUGAAAUAUCGAUACGCUCGGUGUGUUUGAUGUCAUGUAUGUUUAUUAAGGCUAAUUUUGUUAGAGGCUCUACGGUAUUCGAUUAUAAAGUAUAUCGUACUGUUCCGAAAAUUGGCCGCUACUGAUUAUAAGCUAAAGUCUACUUUCCCAUUUGUUCCAUGUAUCGGUAUUUUAAUUUAAUUUUUUUAUGCAAAUUCCCACGUUUAAAGACUUUAAUAAGACGGUAUUAGACUUCCUUUUACAUCAAUAUAAAGGUCUAUAAUUUUAAUAUAGCUCUUGCCAAGUAUCAAACAUAAGCAAUAUGUUUUCAAAUUAUGUUUCAUCGUAAAAGCAUGACUUUGGAGUAGGGAUAGGUGUUAAUUAGAGCCAGAAUAAUAAAUACAUUGAUCGUGAGCCCUUAAUAUAUAGAAAAAGAAGAAGAAAUUGGGAUUAUGCUUUGUAAUAUACAGUUAGUAGCACAAUUUCAAAAGUAGGCUGCUCGAUAGCAUGUAUGUAGAGCUAGAGAAAUUGAAAACUGAAAAAAAAUUAAUUAUUCUUUUUUUUUUUUUUUGGUAAAAAAAUUAAAAAUGUAAAAAAUUUUGCACUUUUCAUCAAUUCUUAAAACACUAGCUGUGAUGUGUUCUUGAAAUGUGCGUAUUUUGUUAAGAGAAAUUGAAAAAUAAAAAAAAAUUAAUUAUUUUUUUUUUUUUUUUUUUGGUACAAAAAUUAAUAAUGUAACAAAUUUUGCACGUUUCAUCAAUUCUUAAAACACUAGCUGUGAUGUGUUCUUGAAAUGUGCGCAUUUUGUUAGGCACUUCCCUGAACAACAGCGUUGCUUUUGUUUUGGGUUUUUUAUGCUUAGUCUGUUUAUACAAUUCCGAGCUGCUGUUCUCUUUUUAAUUUUAGAAUGACAUAUAAUCGGAUCCACUAUUCACGCACUAUUUUAAAAUGUAUUAUUUAUGGGUUUUUUUACAAGGUUAGAAUCCAGAAUAAAGCUAAUAAAAAACGGUUGUCAUGAUCUAGCAUUUCGAAUACCAUUAUUUGUAGGUUAUUUGUAAGUUAUCUGAAGAAAGUUCAAGCACUUUGACAUUCAAAAUAAAUAUUUCAAUCGAAUGAAUAUUGGGAAAUUUAUAAUUUAUGUACGAUUUCCCUAAGAUAAAAUCAAAUAAUUAAUAAUUAUAUAUCUUUGUAGACAUUUCAGGUCUCCUUAACAUAACAGUAAAUAUGCCAUUCGUGUACGAUUUAUAAAAAUGGCCAGUUUAAAAAAUCAGUAAAAAAUGUAAAUACCUCUUCGAAAACAGAUUUUUUUUUCUUUUUGACUCCGGUAAAACUUAGAAAUAAUAAGACAAGGUAAAUAUUUUACAUAAGAUGUUUUUGUUCAUUUGCUUUCAACAUGUUAAAUAAUGUUAGCAGUGUAGCAGUGUAGCAGUGUAGCAGUGUAGCAGCGUAGCAGCGCAGCAGCGCAGCAGCGCAGCAGCGCAGCAGCGCAGCAGUGCAGCAGUGCAGCAGUGCAGCAGUGUAGCAGUGUAGCAGUGUAGCAGUGUUUUUUUAUGAUUGGAAACUUUUUUUGGAAGGAAUUUUGUUAUUAUUUACUUUUGAAUAAAAAUAAAUUAAGUCGUUUAUCUCAAAAAUAGUUUAAAAUAAAAUUAAAAACCACAUUACUAUUUUGUUAUAACAAAAACAUUUGUACUUGUUCAAGCAGAGUCGAGUUUUCGAGACCCCCACUUUUCGGCUUUGUCCUUCCACCACCUUGAACUCCAAGUUGCUCAUUAAAAAAGUGUGCACAUCCCAACUUUUAGCCUUUAAUCUGAGGUUAAGUGACGCCUAAACUUUUAACUAGCAUCUCUUCCGUCGCUCUAACACUUAACGUAGAACGAUGCAAAACUUAAUGCAGGUAAGCAUUAGAAUGCAUUCUUGCAUUUUGAAUUUAUAAAAAAAUGUCUGGGGGCUAGAAAGAUUUAAGGAGUGAGACUGAGCUUGGGCACACAAAAAAUUCCCUCAAGGGCGACACAACUGGAAUGAGUUUAGGUCAUGUUGGGCUGGGGGCGAAGUUGGAGAGGUCCCUGAUCAUUAUUAUGGCUAAUUUUGGCACUUCCCACCCAAAGUCUGAAAUGCCCCCUUUCUAAUUGUCUGAAAGAAACACAGAAUUCAAGUAUGCGCCAAAAUGCAUCCUUGCAUUUAGAAUUUUUGCCGCACUACCUUUCACGAUAAAAACUACGCAUUUGUUCGAAAAUGUCGACCCUGAACAUUAAGAAAAAGUGACACCUAGACGGACAACCCCAUCUCUACUUUCUACGUCACUGUCAGGGGCGUAGCCGGAGUGUUUAGCGCCGGGGAACACGAUUUAUUUGUAUGCCCCUUAUGCAAAACAUUAUUUUCAUCCAUUAAAUACCAUUUAAGGCGCAUUUGGCACCCCCGUUAGUCUUGUGCCUCGGGAGUCGGUACAUCUGUCCCACCUUCUGGCCACAGGUAGGCUUUUGUAACACGAAAGUCUGAAUUAUUCCCCCCCCCCCCGGUAAGAAAUUGUCUGGGGAAAAACACUGAUCUCAAUGUGCUUAAGCAUCUUGUUAAUCUUAAUGUUUGAAUGCCACUUUCAUUCAAUGAUCACCUUUACAUAUCUGAAUUAUUCUAUCCUCCUAUGACAUGUAUUCUGUGUUGAUUGCAUAUUUUGACAGAAUCAUGUGCCGCUGAACACGCCCCGCCAUCACUCUCCAGUCGCACGCAGCCUCGGGUUUGUCGGAAUUCGGAAACCCUACUCAGCCCUACUCCACACAACAAACCUUCUUCUGGUCAGCUGUGCAGGCCUCACGUCCCGAUACCAUAGCUGCCCAACCGAUGACCAUGUCGACAGCGAAACACAAUAGCGAGUACAUUGAGAUGGGCCAGGGGCCCGCUCCCCACCAGGAGGCGUCCAACAAUGGCCGUGCCAUAGAGGCCAAGCUGGUCGAGACGCCAGAGCGAGAACUGUGGACAGGCAAGGUGGAGUUCGUUCUGGCUUGUGUCGGGCAAUGUAUCGGCUUUGGCAACGUUUGGCGUUUUCCCUACUUGUGCUACAAGAAUGGAGGAGGUAGGUCUCUGUGUGUGCUACAAGAAUGGAGGAGGUAGGUCUGUGUGUGUGUGUGCUAAAAGAAUGGAGGAGGUAGGUCUGUGUGUGUGUGUGUGCUACAAGAGUGGAGGUGGUAUGUCAAAGAAUGGAGGAGGUAGGUCUCUGUGUGUGCUACAAGAAUGGAGGAGGUAGGUCUGUGUGUGUGUGUGCUAAAAGAAUGGAGGAGGUAGGUCUGUGUGUGUGUGUGUGCUACAAGAAUGGAGGAGGUAGGUCUAUGUGUGUGUGUGUGCUACAAGAAUGGAGGAGGUAGGUCCGUGUGUGUGUGUGUGUGCUACAAGAAUGGAGGAGGUAGGUCUGUGUGUGUGUGUGCUACAAGAAUGGAGGAGGUAGGUCUAUGUGUGUGUGUGCUACAAGAAUGGAGGAGGUAGGUCUAUGUGUGUGUGUGCUACAAGAAUGGAGGAGGUAGGUCUCUGUGUGUGUGUGCUACAAGAAUGGAGGAGGUAGGUCUGUGUGUGUGUGUGUGUGUGUAUGAAUUUAUAUGUUGGUUAUUGUUUCAAUGCUAAGCGAACGAAUCAAUGUGUUGCAGGUUAACGUAUGUUUCUGAGCUUUUUAUAGGUACAGUGGAACCUCUCAUAACGAGCAUAAUUCGUUCCAGAAUCUUACUCGUUAAGCGAAACACUCGUUAAACGAAACAAUUUUUCCGAUACAAAUCAAUGCAAAAUGCGUUCCAUGCUGAAAAAAUACUCAUUUAAAAAAAAAAAAUAUUAACAUUUAUUCAAAUAAAAUUAUUUAUGAAUUGUUAAGGAGUGUGACAACUUGGAAUACAAUUUAGAUUUGAAACAAAAAAGCGUUAAAAAAAAAUAAAUGAAUUCAUGACAAAUAAUUAAUCCUUUUUAACUAGAAAACUGUCUAAUGACAUAUUUGUUUUUUCCGACGCUUCAAAAUUUGACGAAAAUGUGUUACAGCAUUAGCAUUGAAUAAAUUUGUAGCACGAAUAGCCACCUCCUUAUUAGGGUGAUGCUUCUCAAUGUACGAUGCAACAGUUUCCCAUGCGUUCAGCAUUUCUCUUAUUGCGCUAGAAGAUUGUUGUUCUGCUUCUUCCUCCUCCAUUAAUGAGCUCUCCUCCAUAAUUUCUUGCUGUGAAACACGAUGAAACUCCAUAAGCUCUUCGGUGGUCAACUCUUGACUGUGCUCUUUGACAAGCUCUUCAAUAUCGUUGUUGUCCACCUCGAGUCCCAUGAUAUUGGCCAAUGACACAAUCUCGUUAACUGUAGACUCCACAGGUACUGUUUCAAAAUCACAUUCAACAACACUCUCUGGCCAGUUUUUUUCCAAGCAGAAGUGAGAGGAAAAGGGACUUCCCCUUUCUGCUAAACUCAGGCGAAAUGUCGCUCGUUAAGGGAGCAAUUUCUUCACAUUUAUUUUUUUUGCUCGUUAUGCGAAUUACUCGUCAUGAGAGGUGCUCGUUAUGAGAGGUGCUCGUUAUGAGAGGUGCUCGUCAUGAGAGGUGCUCGUUAUGAGAGGUUCUCGUUAUGAGAGGUACUCGUUAUAAGAGGUGCUCGUUAUGAGAGGUGCUCGUUAUGAGAGGUUCCACUGUAUUUAUGUAUUUUAGUUUGCACCUGUUUUUUAAUGUUAGUUCGUAUGUUUCUAUGAUGUUUAUGUUCGUACAUGUGUUAAUGAAAGCUUCAAUUUAAGGUGUAAUGUAUGCGUUUAUGUAUGGUGGCUAAAAUGUCUUUUUGAGCUAGAUGUUUGUGUUUAAGUGCUGGUGAUAGGGUGGUUUACUGGGACAGGAUGGUCUAAAUGACAGGGGGGGGGGUUAGUGGGACUGGAUGGUCUAAAUGACAGGGGGGUUAGUGGGACAGGGUGGUCUAAAUGACAGGGGGGUAGUGGGACAGGAUGGUCUAAAUGACAGGGGGGUUUAGCAGGACAGGAUGGUCUAAAUGACAGGGAGGUUUAGUGGGAUAGGAUGGUCUAAAUUACAGGGGGGUUUAGCAGGACAGGAUGGUCUAAAUGACAGGGUGGUUUAGUGGGACAGGAUGGUCUAAAUGACAGGGUGGUUUAGUGGGACAGGAUGGUCUAAAUGACAGGGUGGUUUAGUGGGACAGGAUGGUCUAAAUGACAGGGUGGUUUACUGGGACAGGAUGGUCUAAAUGACAGGGGGGGGGGUUAGUGGGACUGGAUGGUCUAAAUGACAGGGGGGUUAGUGGGACAGGGUGGUCUAAAUGACAGGGGGUUAGUGGGACAGGAUGGUCUAAAUGACAGGGGUGUUUAGCAGGACAGGAUGGUCUAAAUGACAGGGAGGUUUAGUGGGAUAGGAUGGUCUAAAUGACAGGGGGGUUUAGCAGGACAGGAUGGUCUAAAUGACAGGGUGGUUUAGUGGGACAGGGUGGUCUAAAUGACAGGGUGGUUUAGUGGGACAGGAUGGUCUAAAUGACAGGGGGGGUUAGUGAGGCAGGAUGAUCUAAAUGACAGGGAGGUUUAGUGGGACAGGAUGGUCUAAAUGACAGGGGGGUUUAGCAGGACAGGAUGGUCUAAAUGACAGGGAGGUUUAGUGGGACAGGAUGGUCUAAAUAACAGGGGGGUUAGCAGGACAGGGUGGUCUAAAUGACAGGGUGGUUUGGUGGGACAGGAUGGUCUAAAUGAUAGGGUGGUUUAGUGGGACAGGAUGGUCUAAAUGACAGGGUGGUUUAGUGGGACAGGAUGGUCUAAAUGACAGGGUGGUUUAGUGGGACAGUGUGGUCUAAAUGACAGGGUGGUUUAGUGGGGCAGUAUGGUCUAAAUGACAGGGUGGUUUAGUGGGACAGGAUGGUCUAAAUGACAGGUUGGUUUGGUGGGACAGGAUGGUCAAAAUGACAGGGGGUUUAGUGGGACAGGAUGGUCUAAAUGACAGGGUGGUUUGGUGGGACAGGAUGGUCUAAAUGACAGGGUGGUUUGGUGGGACAGGAUGAUCUAAAUGACAGGGUGGUUUAGUGGGACAGGGUGGUCUAAAUGACAGGGUGGUUUAGUGAGGCAGGAUGAUCUAAAUGACAGGGAGGUUUAGUGGGACAGGAUGGUCUAAAUGACAGGGGGUUUAGCAGGACAGGAUGGUCUAAAUGACCGGGAGGUUUAGUGGGACAGGAUGGUCUAAAUGACAGGGUGGUUUAGUGGGACAGGAUGGUCUAAAUGACAGGGUGGUUUAGUGGGACAGGAUGGUCUAAAUGACAGGGUGGUUUAGUGGGACAGGAUGGUCUAAAUGACAGGGUGGUUUAGUGGGACAGGAUGGUCUAAAUGACAGGGUGGUUUAGUGGGACAGGAUGGUCUAAAUGACAGGGUGGUUUAGUGGGACAGGAUGGUCUAAAUGACAGGGUGGUUUAGUGGGACAGGAUGGUCUAAAUGACAGGGUGGUUUAGUGGGACAGGAUGGUCUAAAUGACAGGGUGGUUUAGUGGGACAGGAUGGUCUAAAUGACAGGGUGGUUUAGUGGGACAGGAUGGUCUAAAUGACAGGGUGGUUUAGUGGGACAGGAUGGUCUAAAUGACAGGGUGGUUUAGUGGGACAGGAUGGUCUAAAUGACAGGGUGGUUUAGUGGGACAGGAUGGUCUAAAUGACAGGGUGGUUUAGUGGGACAGGAUGGUCUAAAUGACAGGGUGGUUUAGUGGGACAGGAUGGUCUAAAUGACAGGGUGGUUUAGUGGGACAGGAUGGUCUAAAUGACAGGGUGGUUUAGUGGGACAGGAUGGUCUAAAUGACAGGGUGGUUUAGUGGGACAGGAUGGUCUAAAUGACAGGGUGGUUUAGUGGGACAGGAUGGUCUAAAUGACAGGGUGGUUUAGUGGGACAGGAUGGUCUAAAUGACAGGGUGGUUUAGUGGGACAGGAUGGUCUAAAUGACAGGGUGGUUUAGUGGGACAGGAUGGUCUAAAUGACAGGGUGGUUUAGUGGGACAGGGUGGUCUAAAUGACAGGGUGGUUUAGUGAGGCAGGAUGAUCUAAAUGACAGGGAGGUUUAGUGGGACAGGAUGGUCUAAAUGACAGGGGGUUUAGCAGGACAGGAUGGUCUAAAUGACCGGGAGGUUUAGUGGGACAGGAUGGUCUAAAUGACAGGGGGGGUUAGCAGGACAGGAUGGUCUAAAUGACAGGGAGGUUUAGUGGGAUAGGAUGGUCUGAAUGACAGGGUGGUUUAGUGGGACAGGAUGGUCUAAAUGACAGGGUGGUUUGAUGGGACAGGAUGGUCUAAAUGACAGGGUGGUUUGGUGGGACAGGAUGGUCUAAAUUACAAGGGGGUUUAGUGGGACAGGAUGGUCUAAAUGACAGGGGGGUUUAGUGGGACAGGAUGGUCUAAAUGACAGGUUGGUUUGGUGGGACAGGAUGGUCAAAAUGACAGGGGAUUUAGUGGGACAGGGUGGUCUAAAUGACAGGGUGGUUUGGUGGGACAGGAUGGUCUAAAUGACAGGGGGGUUUAGUGGGACAUGAGGGUCUAAAUGACAAUGUGGUUUCGUGGGACAGGAUGGUCUAAAUGACAGGGGGGUUUAGUGGGACAGGAUGGUCUAAAUGACAGGGUGGUUUGGUGGGACAGGAUGGUCUAAAUGACAGGGGGGUUUAGUGGGACAGGAUGGUCUAAAUGACAGGGUGGUUUAGUGGGACAGGAUGGUCUAAAUGACAGGGUGGUUUAGUGGGACAGGAUGGUCUAAAUGACAGGGUGGUUUAGUGGGACAGGAUGGUCUAAAUGACAGGGUGGUUUAGUGGGACAGGAUGGUCUAAAUGACAGGGUGGUUUAGUGGGACAGGAUGGUCUAAAUGACAGGGUGGUUUAGUGGGACAGGAUGGUCUAAAUGACAGGGUGGUUUAGUGGGACAGGAUGGUCUAAAUGACAGGGUGGUUUAGUGGGACAGGAUGGUCUAAAUGACAGGGUGGUUUAGUGGGACAGGAUGGUCUAAAUGACAGGGUGGUUUAGUGGGACAGGAUGGUCUAAAUGACAGGGUGGUUUAGUGGGACAGGAUGGUCUAAAUGACAGGGUGGUUUAGUGGGACAGGAUGGUCUAAAUGACAGGGUGGUUUAGUGGGACAGGAUGGUCUAAAUGACAGGGUGGUUUAGUGGGACAGGAUGGUCUAAAUGACAGGGUGGUUUAGUGGGACAGGAUGGUCUAAAUGACAGGGUGGUUUAGUGGGACAGGAUGGUCUAAAUGACAGGGUGGUUUAGUGGGACAGGAUGGUCUAAAUGACAGGGUGGUUUAGUGGGACAGGAUGGUCUAAAUGACAGGGUGGUUUAGUGGGACAGGAUGGUCUAAAUGACAGGGUGGUUUAGUGGGACAGGGUGGUCUAAAUGACAGGGUGGUUUAGCAGGACAGGAUGGUCUAAGUGACAGGGUUGUUUAGUGGACAGGAUUGUCUAAAUGAUAGGGUGGUGUAGUGAGACAGGAUGGUCUAAAUGACAGGGUGGUUUAGUGGGACAGGGUGGUCUAAAUGACAGGGUGGUUUAGUGGGACAGGGUGGUCUAAAUGACAGGGUGGUUUAGUGGGACAGGGUGGUCUAGUGGGACAGGGUGGUCUAAAUGACAGGGUGGUUUAGUUGGGCAGGGUGGUCUAAAUGACAGGGAGGUUUAGUGGGACAGUGUGGUCUAAAUGACAGGGCUGUUUAGUGUGGCAGUACGGUCUAAAUGACAGGGGGGUUUAGUGGGACAGGGUGGUCUAAAUGACAGGGUGGUUUAGUGGGACAGGGUGGUCUAAAUGACAGGGUGGUUUAGUGGGACAGGGUGGUCUAAAUGACAGUGAGGUUUAGUGGGGCAGGAUGGUCUAAGUGACAGGGGGCUUUAGCAGGACAGGAUGGUCUAAGUGACAGGGUUGUUUAGUGGACAGGAUGGUCUAAAUGACAGGGUGGUUUAGUGGACAGGGUGGUCUAAAUGACAGGGGGGUUUAGUGGGACAGGAUUUUCUAAAUGACAGGGUUGUUUAGUGGACAGGGUGGUCUAAAUGACAGGGAGGUUUAGUGGGACAGGAUGGUCUAAAUGACAGGGUGGUUUAGUGGGACAGGAUGGUCUAAAUGACAGGGUGGUUUAGUGGGGCAGGAUGGUCUAAAUGACAGGGUGGUUUGGUGGGGCAGGAUGGUCUAAAUGACAGGCUGGCUUAGUGGGGCAGGAUGGUCUAAAUGACAGGUUGGUUUAGUGCAGCGGUUCUCUCCCUGUGGGUCACGACCCUUUUGAGAGCCUCAAAAUUUUGUUGUCUUUAAAAAAAAAGGAAAACAUCUGGUGUAUUUCAAAAUUUGAGAACCAUUUAUUUUAAAAAUACGCUUAUAACGCGAGGUCAUGUGACCCAUAUUUUGACCCACUUUUUGACCGCUUUUUUCUACUGAAACAAAAGAUGGUAUAUUAAACAAUUAGGUGGAGUUCAUGAAACUUGCAGAGUUGUGAUUCUAGUGUGCGACUGAUUACAACCAUAUGGCGGUAGUAAGCCGACACUCUGGCUGAUGGCGUCUUUUAGUCUAAUUACAACCAUAUGGCGUUAGUUAGACCGACACUGGUGCUGAUGACGUCAUUUAGUCUGAUUAUAACCCUAUAGCGGUAGUAAGACUGAAACUGUGGCUGACGACGUCAGUUAGUCGGAUUACAACUGUAGGGCCUCAGUAAACCGAAACAGGGGAUGAUGACGUCAUUUAGUUGGAUUACAACCGUUUGGCCGUAGUAGGAUUAACAUUUUACUCCAAUGGCUUUAAAAUAUUUUCAAAACACUCAUGGGCGCCCGCAGAACACUUUCGGGGGGGGGGGGGCAAAAAAAUCAAAUAACUUUAUGGGGGGGGGGCAAAAAUUGUUUAUUAAUGUUUUAAUGCACUUUUNUUUCUGGGGGGGGGGCAAAAAUUGUUUAGUAAUGUUUUAAUGCACUUUUAAUUUACUGUAGCGUAUUUGUAUGGUGAACGAACGGACAGGACAUCAGCUUAGUUACUUUCCCUUUAUUUUCUCUCUACUUUAAAAAAAAAAAUCUAUUUUGUCUAAAAAAAAUUUUAUCCAAUCAAUCCAGGGGGGUGCAAGUGCCCCCGUUGCCCGCCCCCCCUGGGGGCGCCCAUGAUAACAUUAUAGGAAUGACUUCUUUUGUCAUGUACUGCUUCUCUUCUCUAUGUCUAGACGCAGCAUUGCUGUACCAGUUUUGCCCGACGUCUGAUUGUUUACUGUAGCUGUCAUUCAAAGAAAACGAUGACAUUGACAGCAAAUGCCACUACCAAUGCAAGAAGCCAUCGAUAUUUGGAGAGCCUGGGGGCAUGUGCAAUCUUAAAAAGUGUUUAUCCAGAGCGCGUUGGGGGUCGUGGGGGUCAUCAGAUACGCCAUGUUUACAUGUGCCUCAUAGCUUUGUGAGUUUCGGCAACAAACUGGCCUAGAAUGUCGGGUUUAACUCUGGUUGCUAUGGCAAUAAACUAAGUGUGGUGCAUCAUGGUUGUUGGAGAUGUCGGCAGCUACGAGGAACAACUUGGUCAUCUCACAAUCCUACUGUACAGUUGGUAUCGUGCAGUAACACGUGAUAUUGCACAGUAACAUUUGAUAUUGUGUAGUAACAGCUUAUACUGUCCAGUAAAAGUUGAUAUUGUGCAGUAACAGUUGAUAUUGAGCAGCAGUAGUUGAUAUUGUGCAGUAACAGUUGAUAUCAUGCAGGAACAUUUGAUAUCAUGCACUAACAAUUGAUAUCAUGCAGUAACAAUUGAUAUCAUGCAGUAACAGUGGAUCACGUGCAGUAACAGUUGAUAAUGUCAAGUAACAGUUGAUAUUGUACAGGUGUUAUUGAGCAGUAACAGUUAAUAUCGCACGUUAAAAUUAGUUGAUAUUGCACAGUGAAACAGUUGAUAUUAUUCAGCUGAUAUUGUACAGUAGCAGAUGAUAAUCUAUGGGAAGAUCUGCUAUUCACUGGAACAGUUGAUUUCGUAUCGGAAUAAAUGAUACUGUAACAGUAGAAUGGACGCAUGUGUAAAACAAUUCCAAAAAGAUUUCUACAGCCAAACAAUAGAUCCAUGUGCCAGACGAUAGAUCCAUGUGCCAGACGAUAGAUCCGUAUGCCAGACGAUAGAUCCAUGUCAGACGAUAGAUCCGUGUGCCAGACGGUAGAUCCAUGUGCCAGACGAUAGAUCGAUGUGCCAGACGAUAGAUCCAUGUGACAGACGAUAGAUCCAUGUGAUAGACGACAGAUCCAUGUGACAGACGAUAGAUUCAUAUGCCGCGGUCUAGCCGGUUACGACUGGCGUCCAUAUCCAACAUGGUUGUCUGGCAUUAAAAUAAUGUUCACCUAAUAUCCUUGUUGGACUGUCUAACAUACCAUUACCAUUUCAUCACUGAUUAUGUCAUUAGAAAAUACUGACCUGGAACUCCCUCGGGCUGCUAUAAAAGGUUUUCCUGUAACCGUGAUCACACCAUGACAACCUGUAACCGUGAUCACACCAUGACAACCUGUAACCGUGAUCACACCAUGACAACCUGUAACCGUGAUCACACCAUGACAACCUGUAAUUGUGAUCACACCAUGAAAACCUGUAACCGGUUGCUAGAUUGAUGACAACACUUCAUAUCCAACCGGUAAAUGUGAGCCCCACAGACAGCUAGCUCCUUUCAAUCUCUUCACCCACUGUGUCGCCUAUGUGUAGUGUUUUUAACAGGCAGCUCUCGGGUGGAAAAAAAGGGGGGGGGGUGGCUGGGGAAAGUCAACUGUCCACCCCAACUCCCACCCGGAGAAAAAUGUGCGACACAAUAAAACGAAAACAUAUUCUAUUUUUAAAAAAUGACUAAAUUGUCAUGUGUACAUCAUUUUCAAAAAGAAGUUUAAUUGGUGCCUUGAACGGAUUACAAGUAAUGGAACCUAUGAAAAAUCGCUACGCUCGAUAUAGUUGACGAUCAGUAUAUUUAAAGGCUAAUCUUGUUAGAGGCUAAUGCUAUUCGAUUAUCAACAUCGUCAAAGCCGUUCCGAAAAUAAACCGCUCUUGAUGAUAAGCUGAAGUUUUACAACUUGUUGUUCGCAUACAUACGUAUUUUUAUUUUAUUAGUUUUUGCAACUUGACACGUUUAAAGAUUUUCAUAACACGGUACUAAACGACCUUAGCAUCAAUAUUAAGAAUCUGAAUCCAUCAUAAAAGGAUGAUUUUUAAAGUAAGGAGAUGUGUUUAUUGAACAUUGUAUGACAGCAUCGUCAAUUUAAAACUAUAGUUAUUAGCUUAAUUGUAAAUGCACUCGAUACAGUGGGGUGGCGAGGUAUUGUGCCGCCAAGGGCGGACUUUGAGUUUAACCCCCCCCCCUUCCCAACGAGGAAAAGUUACAUAUCAAUAUUUAUGGUGCUUUUUGGCACAGUGAAACCUGAAAAUAACGAACCUUGAAGUAUGCGAUCACUUGUCACGGCAUGGAAUUAUUUUUGGAACACUGGCAGAACCUGUAAAUAGCUCCACUAUUGCUUCGGCCCCAAGGGAUUGAGUUACGCAUUAUUUUGUUUUACUGUGCAUUAUAGUGCGUUCAAAAAAGAAAGUUGACGAAAAUGAGAUCGUGUGAACUGGAAAAAAAAAAUCGAUCAAGUUUCCGCUCGACCAAACUUCCGUCGAUCAAUUUUCCGUCGACUAAAUCUCUUUCAAACAAAAUUCCGGUAACCCAUAAAUAUCGUGCAUGUUCAUCAAAUAUAAUGAAAUGGAAAGCGUUUCCUUUCAAUGCUCUACUUCAAUGACAGUUUUCGGAAUAAAAUUUGUUUUUUGAUUUUUGAAUUACUUAGCCUAUGAUUUGUGAACUAGCACUACAAUUAUUUUUUUUUUAUGUCAAUUCUAUUUCUUUUCUAUUUUUUUUUUAAAUCAAUAGUUUAAGCAAAAAUAUGUCUUUCUAAAUAGUCAAUUUAAAAAUAAAUUCUAUGGAUUUGAUUUUUUUUAAAAUAAUUUAAUUUGUUUGUUAAGCGUAUGGAUGAGGCUUUUUGUAAUUUAUAUGAAAGAAGUUUAAGUAGUUUGACAUUUUUGAAUAUUGGGAAAUUUGUGCUUUGUUUUUAUACGAUUUACCUCAGAUAAAAUCAAACAUUAAUAAAAAAAAUCUAUGUCUUUUGUAAACAACUCAAGUUUUCUUAACAUAAAUAUGCCAUCAUGUACGAUUUAUAAAAAUAACUAAAUUUAAAAACCCUUAAAACUGUAUAGACCUUUCUAUAAAACUUUCUUUUUUUGUGUGUGUGUGUGACUCUGGUCAAAUUGGGAAAUGUUGAGAAAAACAAUUAUUAUCCUUAAGAUUUCUUUUAUUUGCGUUUAACAUGUAACAUGAUGUAAGCAAGGCAUUUUUUAUGAUGAAAAACUUUUUUUUUUGGAUGGAAUUUUUGUGUGUGGUUUAUUUGGUGUUGUUUUAAAAUCAUUUUUUUAAAAAUUAAUAUAGAAGUUUACCCCAAAAAUAGUUUAAAUUAAAAUUAAAACAAAAUUACUAUUAAGAAAAAUAAAAAAUAACAGAACCAGGUCAGUCAGGGCCGUCACUUGACUUUUUGAGGCCUCCUUGCACUUUUCGAUUUUGUCUUCAAACCACCUUGAUAAUUAAAAAAAAAUGUCCACAUUACAACUACAAGCUCCUAAAAUAACCGAUGUCCCCUGCAACCGACAGGAUGAAAGAAAAACCUAUUCAAGAAAGCGUCAAAAUGCAUACAUGCAUUUAGAAUUAAUAGCACAAUUUCUAAGGGGACGCCUGAGCCAGCUUUUGCUCAAGAGUCUUCGGCACUCUCAAUGGCGGCCACCCCUCCUCUCUAAUGCCGAUCAAUGUAACAGUGCGGGUUUCAAUAUGAGUUGAAGUGAAUUCAGUUUAUAAAUGGCACUGGGCAAGAUAAUGUGCCCCCCCCCCCCCCCCCCCCCCCACGCUUGAACGUUUGCAAAGUUCCUUCCCCUGAUCAAAUAAUCUAAGAGAAACACCGAAUUUAGGUAUACAUCAAGAUGCACCAAUUGAUUUUAAAAUAAUCAAACAUUUUUCUGGGACUUAGCUUCCCAGACCCCACUCCUUUCCGCUCCAGACCUAUUGGCAGAGGCGUAGCUAGAUUUGUGACGCCAGGGAACAAGAUUCAUUUUACUCCCCCCCCCCCUCAAUCUGAAACCCUAAUUGUAUUUUCAUUACUUAAAUACCACCAAAACCAAUCUUGGCACCCUGCAAGUCUUCCGUCCCGGUCCUUCUGUCCCCGCUUUGCCCCCCCUCCCCUUAUGUAGACUGACUCUCAUGACACAUGGCGGGUGAGACCUCGCAUUUCCCUUGCUAGAGGAGUCUCUCUCUCACUCUCUCUCUCUCUCCCUCUCCUCUCUCUCUAAAAGCAUGGUCUUGUUUAAUCUUGAGUGCGUAAUACAGUCGCCUUAGUUUGGUUGUGGGAAUAUCUCCUUCUAAAACUAUAGUAUUACUUAUUGGCUGACGUGCAAAUCAAGUGAUAAGAGUCAUAGAACGAUAUCAUUAAUGAGGAAGAUUGCUUUUAAAUAUUGAUGGAAAUUUGACCUCCAGAUACGCUUCUAUUACUGGGGUAGCAAUGGGGCGUGGAGGGGGCAUUAAGGGGGCAUAAAAGGGGCAUAAAGGGGGCGUGGAGGGGGCGGUCCGCCCAGGCAGCACCUGUUUCUAUAUUUUGAGUAGCGGCAUUUUCGAGCGAAAGUAGUUUUUUCAUAUAAAUGGGUGGCCAAAAUAUUGCCUCGGAUGGCACUAGCCCUAGCUACGCCACUGGCAUCCAUAUAAAAUUUACGAGAAAUAUUUGUGUCGUUGUUAUUAAAAUAAUUUGUUAACCACCGACUUUCUUGGACUGGAUCUAACCACUUUAAGAACCACUGGUAUGAGCAAUAUAUAUAAACAUAACUAAUACGUUCAUACAAUUUUUAAGCAUUACAGGGGGUCACAUAAAAUUGUGUUCAUAUUUUUAAACCUGUAAUAAAUUACGCCAGUGCGUGCUUCCAUUAUGUGACGGCAGAUGGCGGAAUAGUGAACAGCCUAAUGACCGAAAUAAUUCGUUUAGCGAUGUAACCUUCGACAUAGCUUCUCACUUUUUUUUCCCCCGGGGUAAUUGAGGAUCAUCAUAAGACCUACAUUUGUCAAGGCAAAUGGCGACAGUUGUGCUAGUUACCGCCCUUCUAGCGUCUGUUUAGAGACGAGUGGAUGCAGCAGCCUGCUGGGAUUGUUGUAGCAAACAUUUCAGUCAUUUUUAUUGUUGUACAAGAAAUAUCCAUCGUGAGUUUAUUGUACCUCAUCACCCACACAUGUGAGAAUGUUGUACAAAACACGUAAAUUGUGGGAUAUGUAGGGGAGAGGGGGUGGCAGAAAUUUCUUGUGGGUCAACAAUAAUUCUUAAUUGUACAGGAAAAAUUAAUUCAACAAUUUCUUAAAUAUGUAGUGAAAUGUUCUUAUUAUUAAACUCAUUUUACCAUGAACAAUUGUAACAUUAUGAUUUUAUAACGUUGUGACGUUAUAACAUUAUCACAUUGUGACAAUAUGAUUUUUUGACUCUUUUACAUUGUGACAUUAGACAUUAUGCCAUUAUGACAUUGUGACAUUGGGAUAUUUUGAUAUUGUGACAUUAUGACAUUAUACAAUUGAUAUUGAUCACCAUUACGCGCUUAAAGAUUUUGUAAAUGAACUUUCUUUCAUAGUAUUACUUUCAUUUGUUACAUGGAGUAGAUUCAACCAUUACUUUCAUUUGUUACAUGGAGUAGAUUCAACCAUUACUUUCAUUUGUUACAUGGAGUAGAUUUAACCAUUACUUUCAUUUGUUACAUGGAGUAGAUUCAACCAUUACUUUCAUUUGUUACAUGGAGUAGAUUCAACCAUUACUUUCAUUUGUUACAUGGAGUAGAUUCAACCAUUACUUUCAUUUGUUACAUGGAGUAGAUUCAACCAUUACCUUCAUUUGUUACAUGGAGUAGAUUCAACCAUUACUUUCAUUUGUUACAUGGAGUAGAUUCAACCAUUACUUUCAUUUGUUACAUGGAGUAGAUUUAACCAUUACUUUCAUUUGUUACAUGGAGUAGAUUCAACCAUUACCUUCAUUUGUUACAUGGAGUAGAUUCAACCAUUACUUUCAUUUGUUACAUGGAGUAGAUUCAACCAUUACUUUCAUUUGUUACAUGGAGUAGAUUCAACCAUUAUCUUCUUUUGUUCCAUGGAGUAUAUUCAACCAUUACCUUCUUUUGUUACAUGGAGUAGAUUUAACCAUUACUUUCAUUUGUUACAUGGAGUAGAUUUAACCAUUAUCUUCUUUUGUUCCAUGGAGUAUAUUCAACCAUUACCUUCUUUUGUUACAUUGAGUAGAUUUAACCAUUACUUUCAUUUGUUACAUGGAGUAGAUUCAACCAUUAUCUUCUUUUGUUCCAUGGAGUAUAUUCAACCAUUACCUUCUUUUGUUACAUGGAGUAGAUUUAACCAUUACUUUCAUUUGUUACAUGGAGUAGAUUUAACCAUUAUCUUCUUUUGUUCCAUGGAGUAUAUUCAACCAUUACCUUCUUUUGUUACAUUGAGUAGAUUUAACCAUUACUUUCAUUUGUUACAUGGAGUAGAUUUAACCAUUACUUUCAUUUGUUACAUGGAGUAGAUUCAACCAUUACUUUCAUUUGUUACAUGGAGUAGAUUCAACCAUUACUUUCAUUUGUUACAUGGAGUAGAUUCAACCAUUACUUUCAUUUGUUACAUGGAGUAGAUUCAACCAUUACCUUCAUUUGUUACAUGGAGUAGAUUCAACCAUUACUUUCAUUUGUUACAUGGAGUAGAUUCAACCAUUACUUUCAUUUGUUACAUGGAGUAGAUUCAACCAUUACUUUCAUUUGUUACAUGGAGUAGAUUCAACCAUUACUUUCAUUUGUUACAUGGAGUAGAUUCAACCAUUACUUUCAUUUGUUACAUGGAGUAGAUUCAACCAUUACUUUCAUUUGUUACAUGGAGUAGAUUCAACCAUUACUUUCAUUUGUUACAUGGAGUAGAUUCAACCAUUACUUUCAUUUGUUACAUGGAGUAGAUUCAACCAUUACUUUCAUUUGUUACAUGGAGUAGAUUCAACCAUUACUUUCAUUUGUUACAUGGAGUAGAUUCAACCAUUACUUUCAUUUGUUACAUGGAGUAGAUUCAACCAUUACUUUCAUUUGUUACAUGGAGUAGAUUCAACCAUUACUUUCAUUUGUUACAUGGAGUAGAUUCAACCAUUACUUUCAUUUGUUACAUGGAGUAGAUUCAACCAUUACUUUCAUUUGUUACAUGGAGUAGAUUCAACCAUUACUUUCAUUUGUUACAUGGAGUAGAUUCAACCAUUACUUUCAUUUGUUACAUGGAGUAGAUUCAACCAUUACUUUCAUUUGUUACAUGGAGUAGAUUCAACCAUUACUUUCAUUUGUUACAUGGAGUAGAUUCAACCAUUACUUUCAUUUGUUACAUGGAGUAGAUUCAACCAUUACUUUCAUUUGUUACAUGGAGUAGAUUCAACCAUUACCUUCAUUUGUUACAUGGAGUAGAUUCAACCAUUACCUUCAUUUGUUACAUGGAGUAGAUUCAACCAUUACCUUCAUUUGUUACAUGGAGUAGAUUCAACCAUUACCUUCAUUUGUUACAUGGAGUAGAUUCAACCAUUACCUUCAUUUGUUACAUGGAGUAGAUUGAUUGAUUGAUUGAUUGAUUGAUUGAUUGAUUGAUUGACUUGAUCUUUCUAUCGUGCCAGUAUCCCUGCCAUUGUAGCGUGCUCACUGCUCACUGCUCACUGCGCUCUGGUCCUCUCAAAUCUAUUUAAACAAAAAAGUUUAAAUUGUUUCUUAAAUGAUUUUUUAUUAUUUACAAUUCCCCUCAAAGAUUGAGGCAAACUGUUCCAUAAUUUUGGCGCUAUCGCUUCAAAAGAGCGCACUCCGUAAGACUUUUUUCUGUGUUCAUCCACAUUAGGAACAUUCAGUUAGUACUGUGUUGAAGACCGCAGGCUCUUUAAGGAUACAUGUUUAUAAAUCAGUUCCUUGAGAUAUUCCGGUGCUGAACCAUCUAUGCAGCUGUACGCCAGGGACAAAAUUUUGUAGUUAAUGUGCUCACUCACAGGAACCCAAUGGAGAUCUCGUAGAACUGGGGUGAUGUGGUCAGAUUUUUUCAUCCGCGAUACAAUGCGUGCUGCAGUAUUUUGUAUCUUUUCGAGUCUCUGAAUUUGAUUCUGAGGUAAACCCCACCUGUCUCACAGCUGUGCCCAGGUCAAUAUGCAGAUUGAAACUUGUCAAGUAAGUAAUAAGUGUUUAGAUGCUGCACAAGCUGCUGUGACACAGCUCUCUCAAGAAUCUUAGAUACAAAGGGCAGGUUGUAGACCGGGCGAAAAUUCUUGCUGUCAUUUGGGUCCAGACCACUUUUUUUAAGCAGAGCCUUAACGACCGCUGUCUUGAAGCGACGUGGGACUGUAGCAGACUGAAGGCUAAUAGGCACGAUGUUGACAAGUACAGGAAGCAAGACUUCCAGACAGUCCAAAACAAUCUUGGUUGGGAUGGGGUCAACAAUAGAAGAUGUAGGUAUAGAUGCCAUGAUUAUAUUUCUUAAUUGUUCAUGGGGAAACAGGCAAAAAUUCCACCAGAGGGUUGCCUUCAAAGACUUACUCCACCGUAGACAAAUCACAACGUUCCCCAUGGAGUAGAUUCAAUUAUUAUCUUCCUUUGUUACAUGGAGUAGAUUCAACUAUUACCUUCUUUUGUUACAUGGAGUAGAUUCAACUAUUACCUUCUUUUGUUACAUGGAGUAGAUUCAACUAUUACCUUCUUUUGUUACAUGGAGUAGAAUCAACUAUUAUCUUCCUUUGUUACAUGGAGUAGAUUCAACUAUUACCUUCUUUUGUUACAUGGAGUAGAUUCAACUAUUUCCUUCUUGUGUUACAUGGAGUAGAUUCAACUAUUACCUUCUUUUGUUACAUGGAGUAGAUUCAACUAUUACCUUCUUUUGUUACAUGGAGUAGAUUCAACUAUUACCUUCUUUUGUUACAUGGAGUAGAUUCAAUUAUUAUUUUCCUUUAUUACAUGGAGUAGAUUCAAUUAUUAUCUUCCUUUGUUACAUGGAGUAGAUUCAGGAUCAAGGUAUUCAUUGAGAAAGAAAGGAAGCGCACCGCUUGGGUGUAAACAAUAGUUUUGCUCUUGCCCUUAACCAAUUGGAUCGCUUCAUUUAAAAUUAAAUUUGUUUUCAACAGUUUCUUUAAUGAUAUCACAUAAACAAGAACAUCUCAUUGAACUGCAAAGUGACAUAACAGCUAGAUUUAAAUUUGAGAAACAAAAUUUUAGGAUAUCCAGUCAAAUGGCUAAUAAGUUUCCACUAUUUUGAGGACAAAAAAAUUAAUUGUCUUUCAUGGAAUACAAUAAAACGUAUGUAGUAAAUGUGGCUUUUCUAACAGGUCUCAAUUUGAGAUCUUUUUAAAAUCGCAACCGUCUUGACCCUUGUAUUGAAAACAGAGAUGAUCCUCCAUUAUCACUAACAACACUGCGAAAAGAUAUUCAAAGACUUGUUCGUUUGCGGCAACCAUGAAAAUCUAACUAAAUAAAGAUAACAUCAUAAGCCCCACUCAUUGGUCAAAGCAUAGACCCCACUCAUUGGUCAAAGCAUAGGACCCACUCAUUGGUCAAAGCAUAUGCCCCACUCAUUGGUCAAAGCAUAGGCCCCACUCAUUGGUCAAAGCAUAGGCCCCACUCAUUGGUCAAAGCAUAGGCCCCACUCAUUGGUCAAAGCAUAGGCCCCACUCAUUGGUCAAAGCAUAGGCCCCACUCAUUGGUCAAACCAUAGGCCCCACUCAUUGGUCAAAGCAUACGCCCCACUCAUUGGUCAAAGCAUAGGACCCACUCAUUGGUCAAAUCAUAGGCCCCACUCAUUGGUCAAAGCAUAGGACCCACUCAUUGGUCAAAGCAUAGGUCCCACUCAUUGGUCAAAUCAUAGGCCCCACUCAUUGGUCAAAAAUAGAUAGAUAGGUAGAUAGAUAGAUAGGUAGAUAGAUAGGUAGGUAGAUAGAUAGGUAGAUAGAUAGAUAGGUAGAUAGAUAGAUAGGUAGAUAGAUAGAUAGGUAGGUAUCAAAGCAUAGGCCCCACUCAUUGGUCAAAGAAUAGGCCCCACUCAUUGGUCAAAGCAUAGGCCCCACUUAUUGGUCAAAGCAUAGGCCCCACUCAUUGGUCAAAGCAUAGGACCCACUCAUUGGUCAAAGCAUAGGUCCCACUCAUUGGUCAAAGCAUAGGUCCCACUCAUUGGUCAAAGCAUUGGACCCACUUAUUGGUCAAAUCAUAGGCCCCACUCAUUGGUCAAAGCAUAGGACCCACUCAUUGGUCAAAGCAUAGGUCCCACUCAUUGGUCAAAUCAUAGGCCCCACUCAUUGGUCAAAUUAUAGGUCCCACUCAUUGGUCAAAUCAUAGGUCCCACUCAUUGAUCAAAUCAUAGGACCCACUCAUUGGUAAAAUCCUAGGCCCCACUCAUUGGUCAAAUUAUAGGUCCCACUCAUUGGUCAAAUCAUAGGUCCCACUCAUUGGUCAAAUCAUAGGUCCCACUCAUUGGUCAAAUCAUAGGACCCACUCAUUGGUCAAAUCAUAGGACCCACUCAUUGGUCAAAUCAUAGGCCCCACUCAUUGGUCAAAUUAUAGGUCCCACUCAUUGGUCAAAUCAUAGGUCCCACUCAUUGGUCAAAUCAUAGGACCCACUCAUUGGUCAAAUCAUAGGACCCACUCAUUGGUCAAAUCAUAGGACCCACAAUUCUUGACAAUGAAGAUAUCAGCUAGAAUGUCAGUGCUUCCCAGACUGUAAAGUUUGGAGGGUCCGUGGACCAAUUUUGAAUAGGCACCAGGGACCGGCGGCAAAUUUAUUUACUAUAUUUUUAUUUGUUUUCAACUCUAGAUAUUCACGUUGUGUGGACCGGUAACGUAGGGGUCGCGGACCAGUGCCAGUCCGUGGACCACCAAUUAGGCAACGCCAAUAAAUGGCAUUGGAGCCCUCCUCCCACUUAAAUCUGCACGCCUCUGCACACACAAAAGUGCCAAGGAUUCGGGAAUGUUGGUUCGCAAGAGAAGGAUCGAUUCCUUCAGCAAUGUCUUUUGGUUUUGUUAAGACAAAAAUUUGUAACUGAAAUUUGACUGUCAAGAGCAUAAUGCUACCACGUAAUGUAAAUUUUCAAACUCAAACCAAUUCGUCAAUAAAUAAAACCAAUCAGCUUGUCAGUGUUUCUCUAAGUGGCGUAGCUAUCGCCCCCCCCCCCCAGCUUUAAGUUGCCGGUCCGUACGAAAGGAGACAAGAAAGUACAUUGGCAAACAUAACAAAAGUGUUUACAUUGGGAAACAUUACAAAAGUAGACUAUUUACAUUGGCAUGGAUUAGGACGAAAUGAUAAAAGUUAAUUAACUCCUUUCGUAUUAGCUGAGCACGAAAAAUAAUAACUUAAGAUAUUUUUAUUUAAGAUUUAAUAAAUAAAAUAGAUCAAACUAAUGAAUUAAACCUGGAACCAGACCCUGCGGCAAAGGGAAACUUAUUCACGGGUCAGUGAAACUUAAAAACUUUUGGGAAACAACGAAUUAUAUUCUUGACCGAUUGAACCUAGCACCUAAUACAACGAACGCAGGUGUGGGCUACGCCUCUGCCAUCAUGGCCUUCUGGUUGAACACGUACUACAUCGUGAUCCUCGCCUGGACACUGUUCUACCUGUUCCACUCCUUCACGUCGGUCCUCCCCUGGGGGCGCUGUGGCCAGGACUGGAACACCAACAAGUGCAUGAGUGCAUACGAGCGGUACAAAAUACCCUUCAACUGUACCAACGGCACGUCAUGGUUUGAAGUAGGUUAUCUACAUGUACUCUGUGUCACUGGGACCCCAACCUUCCGUAUCACAUUUCUUUGAACAUGUAACUAGGCCAUUAUAAAUAUUAUUGAAAGAUUUGCCCACUGAGCUUUCUACGAUCAAAUUUUAUGGUGGGCUUCUGUUGAAAUCUUUAAUUAAUUAGUCUUUCACGACUGUCUGCCUUCUUUUUUAUUAGUCUUUCACGACUGUCUGCCUUCUUUUUUAUUAGUCUUUCAAGGUGGUCUGCUUUAUUUUUAAUUAGUCUUUCAGGGCAGUCUGCUUUCUUUUUUAUUUGUCUUUCAAAACGGUCUGCUUUACCACUCGCCUCAUUACCAAAACAUUGAGAAAAAAAAAAUAUUUGCACUAUUUUCGUUAAGCCCUGAUAAAAAUGUAAAAGCUUUAUUUUGAUAAUCUUGAAACAAACUAUAAACUAUUUUCUCUAAAAUGCGGUUUUCGUGGACCUGUGAAUAAACAAAAAUUAUAUUUUAAAUAUACUUUUUUAUCAUUUUUUUUCUCGUUAAUUUCUUUGAUCGAAAAGUGUUAAUUUAUUUGCAUUGUACAUGUUCUCCCACCAGGUGCUUUUCUCAUCCCGUUCGUGGCAACUAUUGUGUUUGCUGGAAUCCCCAUGUAUUUCAUGGAGCUGGCCUUGGGUCAGUGGCUCAGUGUUGGGGGUAUCGGCAUCUGGAAGAUAACACCUAUCUUCAAAGGUAACCUGUUUGUCCACCAUGUUAGUAACCAGCGUAUUUUUUAAGUUUUUCAUCAUUACCAGUUCCAGAAUGUAUGCCAGACUCCGCACAGAACUGAAUAAAUAUCUACAUUCGAUGUCAUAAUUGUGGUGGGCGGUACCUCCAUUUUUUUUUCUUCUGCGCAGGUGUGGGCUACGCCUCUGCCAUCAUGGCCUUCUGGUUGAACACGUACUACAUCGUGAUCCUCGCCUGGACACUGUUCUACCUGUUCCACUCCUUCACGUCGGUCCUCCCCUGGGGGCGCUGUGGCCAGGACUGGAACACCAACAAGUGCAUGAGUGCAUACGAGCGGUACAAAAUACCCUUCAACUGUACCAACGGCACGUCAUGGUUUGAAGUAGGUUAUCUACAUGUACUCUGUGUCACUGGGACCCCAACCUUCCGUAUCACAUUUCUUUGAACAUGUAACUAGGCCAUUAUAAAUAUUAUUGAAAGAUUUGCCCACUGAGCUUUCUACGAUCAAAUUUUAUGGUGGGCUUCUGUUGAAAUCUUUAAUUAAUUAGUCUUUCACGACUGUCUGCCUUCUUUUUUAUUAGUCUUUCACGACUGUCUGCCUUCUUUUUUAUUAGUCUUUCAAGGCGGUCUGCUUUAUUUUUAAUUAGUCUUUCAGGGCAGUCUGCUUUCUUUUUUAUUUGUCUUUCAAAACGGUCUGCUUUAUUUUAGUUAGUCUUUCAAGGCGGGUCUGCUUUAUUUUUAAUUAGUCUUUCACGACGGUCUGCCUUCUUUUUAAUUAGUCGUACACGACUGUCUGCUCUCUCUCCUUCAUUUGUCUCAUACGCCUUUCAUCUCCAGGUGAAUGUGACCAGUGAAUACAACUCCUCUCAGAUUCCUUCGAUUUACCCCGACUACAACUGCUCCCAGGAUUAUGACGCUUACAGAUUUGUGUCACCGGUCAAGGAGUUCUGGUUGUAAGAGUCUCAGGGCGUCAUAACUUGUCCCUUCUAUAGUAUCACGGGGGAGUCGCACCAUUAAAAUGGCUCCCUUUAAACAUAUUUUCAAACUGUCACGUGAUAAAACACAUGCCUGAUUUCAUAGGCCAGCUUUCGUUAAAGAAAAGUAAUAACUAUCCCCCCACCCCCACCCCAUUUCAGAAAGAAAGCCCUGAAGCUCACAGAUGGUAUUGGAGAUGCCGGACAGUUGCAGUGGGAACUAUCCUUGUGUCUAUUGGGUGUGUGGGUCCUCUGCUAUUUUUGUAUUUGGAAAGGGGUGAAAUGGACGGGAAAGGUCAGUACUUAAACUAGAACUAAGGUAAGGUGUGAUAAUUAGAUCUAGAAAUUUCCUUCGGACAUUUAGGCGAUUCCAAUGGGUCAAAGUUCAAUAAUUUGAUGUUAUGUUAGAAGACUCCUCUGAUUGAUUCUUUGCUUUUCUCCAGGUGGUCUACGUCACGGCUUUGUUCCCGUAUAUUUUACUCACAAUCCUAUUGAUCAGGGGCGUAACGCUCCCAGGGGCCGCCGAUGGAAUUCGAUUUUAUAUAACCCCGAACAUGAAAAAACUGGCCGAGUCCACAGUAAGUUGAGAUUUUAUUUAUUUUAAUUUUUUAUUUCGUUGUGUAAGUAGCAAUGUUAUCUACUAUUGUAUUCUCGACUUCCUGCUUGUAUCUUCUCCGUUGGCUGAUUGGUAAACUGAGACGAGAAAGAGAUAUCCUCAUUCAUUAUAACUGUUCUCAUAAUUCUUUCUGUUCUCAUAAUUCUUUCUCUUCUCAUCAUUCUUUUUGUUCCCAUAAUUCUUUCUGUUCCCAUAAUUCUUUCUGUUCCCAUAAUUCUUUCUGUUCCCAUAAUUCUUUCUGUUCCCAUAAUUCUUUCUGUUCCCAUAAUUCUUUCUGUUCCCAUAAUUCUUUCUGUUCCCAUAAUUCUUUCUGUUCCCAUAAUUCUUUCUGUUCCCAUAAUUCUUUCUGUUCCCAUAAUUCUUUCUGUUCCCAUAAUUCUUUCUGUUCCCAUAAUUCUUUCUGUUCCCAUAAUUCUUUCUGUUCCCAUAAUUCUUUCUGUUCCCAUAAUUCUUUCUGUUCCCAUAAUUCUUUCUGUUCCCAUAAUUCUUUAUGUUCCCAUCAUUCUUUCUGUUCCCAUAAUUCUUUCUGUUCCCAUAAUUCUUUCUGUUCUCGUCAACCUUUCUGGUCUCAUACAUUUGAUCUGUUUAUUUGUGUUCUUCUUUGUAAAAACUCUUCAUUAGUUGUUUCUGCUUUACAAGAGUCGUCUGCUUGUGUUUUACAUAUCAAGUCUGCUUGUGUUGUACAUGUCGUCUGGUUGUGUUGUACAUGUCGUCUGCUUGUGUUGUACAUGUCGUCUGCUUGUUUUGUACAUGUCGUCUGCUUGUGUUGUACAUGGGUCUGCUUGUUUUGUACAUGUCGUCUGCUUGUGUUGUACAUGGGUCUGCUUGUGUUGUACAUGGGUCUGCUUGUGUUGUACAUGAGUCUGCUUGUGUUGUACAUGUCGUCUGCUUGUGUUGUACAUGUCGUCUGCUUGGCUUGUGUGUACAUGUCGUCUGCUUAUGUUGCACAUGUCGUCUGCCUGGGUUGUACAUAUCAAGUCUGCUUGUGUUGCACAUGUCGUCUGCCCAUGUUGUACAUAUCAAGUCUGCUUAUGUUGCAGGUCUGGGUUGAUGCAGCUUCACAGAUUUUAUUUUCCUACGGUGUUGGUCUCGGCACGUGCACAGCUCUGGGGAGUUACAACAAAUACCACAACAACGUUUACAAGUAGAUCUUUGCCUGGUGUCUGUCCUUAGUAUAUGCUGUGUCUGUCCUUAGUCUAUGCUGUGUCUGUCAUUGGUCUAUGCUGUGUCUGUCCUUAGUCUAUGCUGUGUCUGUCCUUAGUCUAUGCUGUGUCUGUCCUUAGUCUAUGCUGUGUCUGUCCUUGGUCUAUGCUGUGUCUAUCGCAAGUUUAUGUUGUGACUAUCGCUAGCCUAUAUUGUGUCUGUCCCUAGUGAAAAUAUGUGUGAGUGUGUGAUUUCCUAGUCUAUGUUGUCUGUCCCUUGCCUGUAAUGUGUCUAUAUCUAUUCUGUGUUGUGUUGGCCAUACUGCAUUGUUAUUUCGUACUUUGACCUUUUGGGUUUGAUUCAAUUUUUUCUUAAUUAUUUUGACAUUAAUGUACACGUUUUAUUUAGCUCAUUUUUUCUUAUAUGAUGUGCUAUGUCUAUGUGAUGUGCUUUGUUUUAUAUGUUGUUCUAUGUCUAAUAUGAUGUUCUGUGUCUGAUAUGAUGUGCUAUUUCUAGUAUGAUGUGCUAUGUGUAAUAUGCUAUGUCUAGUACAGUGGUUCUUAACCUUUUUGGAGGUACCGAACCCCACCAGUUUCAUAUGUGCAUUCACCGAACCCUUCUUAAUAGGAAAAAUAAAAUAUGAUUUUUUUUCCUGAUUUUUUUUGGACCUCCACCGAACCCCUGAGACUGACUCACUGAACCCCUGGGAUCCGAUCGAACCCAGGUUAAGAACCACUGGUCUAGUAUGAUGGGCUAUGUCUAAUAUUAUGUUCUAUGCCUAGUAUGAUGUGCUAUGUCUAAUAUGAUGUGCUUCGUCUAGUAUGAUGUGCUAUGUCUAAUAUGAUGUGCUAUGUCUAGUAUGAUGUGAUGUGUCUAAUAUGAUGUGCUACAUCUAAUAAGAUGUGCUAUGUCUAAUAUGAUAUGAUGUGUUUCAUAUGAUGUCUAAUAUGAUGUGUCUAAUAUGAUGUGUUAUAUCUAGUAUGAUGUGAUGUGUCUAAUAUUAUGUGCUAUGUCUAAUAUGGUGUGCUAAGUCAAAUAUGAUGUGCUAAGUCUAUUAUGAUGUGCUAUGUAUUAUAUGAUUUGCUAUGUCUAAUAUGAUGUGCUACGUCUAAUUUGAUGUGCUGUGUCUAAUAUGAUGGCUUAUGUCUAAUAGGAUGUGCUAUGUCUAAUUUGAUGUGAUGUGUCUAAUAUUAUGUGCUAUGUCUAAUAUGAAGUGCUGUGUAUUUGUGUUUAAGUUUCUAAAUUCAAACAAGCUAUUAAUAGCCAUAUUAGAUUUCUUGUGAAUAAAAUAUGUUUAACAGUUGUUUAACUUGUUUCACAUAUUUCUAAAGACAAUCCAAUAGACUAUAUGUUUAAAACUUGCAUCAAUGUGAACAAAUUCGGAACGGCAAAAUAUUGUCUAUCUGCAUGGACUCUUUUGUUCUCCCUUCAGCAUUAUCUGUCUUUCUGCAGGGACGCCGUGUUGAUUUCUUGUUUAAAUAGUAGCACCAGCGUGUUUGCUGGGUUUGUUAUUUUCUCCGUCAUCGGCUUCAUGGCUCACGAGCAGAAACGGAGCGUUCACCUGGUUGCAGAAUCAGGUAAAUGAAAUCGAGUCGUCCCACCAAAAGCUAACACUAUUUAAUCCAGAUCACUGUCAAAUCAUUUCACCACCGGAGCAUGAGUCUUCUUUAAAAGCUAACACUAUUUAAUCCAGAUCACUGUCAAAUCAUUUCACCACCGGAGCAUGAGUCUUCUUUAAAAGCUAACACUAUUUAAUCCAGAUCUCUGUCAAUUCAUUUCACCACCGGAGCAUGAGUCUUCUUUAAACAUAAUUCCAUAUAGUGUGUAAUUUUGUUUUUGUUGACACGUCUUCUCAAAUAUCUCCAGGUCCUGGUCUUGCCUUCCUUGUUUACCCCAGUGCAGUGACACAACUGCCUAUCUCUCCACUCUGGGCCAUUCUAUUUUUUCUGAUGCUUCUCACAUUGGGGAUGGAUAGCCAGGUAAAAUGAAAUUCCGAAAGCCAGGUAAAAAUGACAUUCAGAAACUCUCAAAAUCUUUGUUUUGUAAUUUCUUUUCUGGCUUCUCCACACAAAAAAAAAAAUAAUUAAAAAAUGAGUCACGAUUAUUAUUUUUUUAUUAAGAAAAGAAAACCAAAAACUAUCAACAUUAAAAGAUGAUUUAUACGGAUAGGAAAAGUUCAUUUCUGAACAGAUAAAUGCCAACCAACUAAAAUAAUAUGUUUGAUAAAAUGGUUUAAAUUCCAGUUCUGCACUAUGGAGGGAUUUUUCACAGCGCUCAUUGACGAGUUCCCGCGUCAUCUCAGGCGUCAUAGGGAAAUCUUCAUUGCUCUCGUCUGCCUUGCUUCGUAUCUUAUCGGCUUAUCCAUGGUCACAGAGGUAAGUACACAUUGGUACACUAUACAUGGUCACAGAGGUAAGUAACAUUGGUACACUAUCCAUGGUCACAGAGGUAAGUGCACAUUGGUACACUAUCCAUGGUCACAGAGGUAUGUACACAUUGUCACAUUAUCCAUGGUCACAGAGGUAAGUACACAUUGUCACAUUAUACAUGGUCACAGAGGUAAGUACACAUUGUCACAUUUUCCAUGGUCACAGAGGUAAGUGCACUUUUCACACUAUCAUUGUCACACUAUACAUUGUUACAGAGGUAAGUGCACACUGUCACAUUAUGCAUGGCCACAGAGAUAAUUGCCCCUUGGUACAUUAUUCAUGGUCACAGAGGUAAGGGCACAUCGGCUCAUUACCCAUGGCCACAUAGGUAAGUACACAUUGUCACACUAUCCAUGAUCACAGAGGUAAGUGCACAUGGCACAUUAUCCAUGGCCAUAUAGGUAAGUACACAUUGUCACAUUAUCCAUGGCCACAGAGGUAAGUGCACUUUGUCACACUAUCCAUUGUUACAGAGGUAAGUGCACACUGUCACAUUAUGCAUGGCCACAGAGAUAAUUGCCCCUUGGCACAUUAUUCAUGGUCACAGAGGUAAGUGCACAUCGGCUCAUUAUCCAUGGUCACAGAGGUAAGUGCACAUUGUCACAAUAGAAAGAACACAUUGUCACACUAUCCAUGGUCACAGGGGGUGGGUGAAUAGUUUGAUGGAUUGCUGGGAUGUUUAACAUAAACAAUGGUGUUUUUUUUGUCUACAUGUGACUUCUUUGUUUACAGCACAAAAAUGUGACUUCUUUGACAUGACAAGGAAGUUCUUGCGUGCCGGAUUAAACGUUUCAAUGGACCGAGUGUGGGCCGGAGGGCCGAGUGUGGCCCGUGGGCCGUAGGUUGUCCGUAGGUGUGAAUAACAUAGACAAAAAUGCAUGCAACAUUCUAAAUAGACAACCGUUAUUUAUAUAGUCGUUUGUCCUGCGGUUGUCAUAACCUUGCAAUGAUGUCAAGCUUUCAGUGGCUUUGUUCAACAUGAACUUCCAUGAUAUAUCGCGCCAUUUGAACAUUCCAACGCCAUUUGAACAUUCCAACGCCAUUUUGUGCUUGCAGGGAGGCAUGUACGUGUUCCAACUCUUUGACUUCUACUCGGCCAGUGGCAUAACAGUAUUGCUGCUCAUUUUCUUUGAAUGCAUAGCAAUAUCCUGGUCAUAUGGUGAGUAGUAUUGUGAGUCGUGGUGAAAUGGUGAGUAGUCGUAAUAUGGUGAAUCGUGGUGAUAUGGUGAGUAGUCGUGAUAUGAUGAGUCGUGGUGAUAUGGUGAGUCGUGGUAAAAUGGCGAGUCGUGGUGAUAUGGUGAGUCGUGGUGAUAUGGUGAGUCGUGGUAAAAUGGCGAGUUGUGGUGAUAUGGUGAGUCGUGGUGAUAUGGUGAGUCGUGGUGAUAUGGUGAGUCGUGGUGAUAUGGUGAGUCGUGGUGAUAUGGUGAGUCGUGGUGAUAUGGUGAGUCGUGGUGAUAUGGUGAGUCGUGGUUGGGUUGGUGAUAUGGAGAGGUUUGUUGUUAAGGGGGGUUUGAUGAUAUUUAUUUAUUUAUUUAGGCAUGUUUAUAUAGCGCUUACCUUAAAGCUCUAAGCGCUUUACAAUUAUUAAAAACAUGAUGAUAUGGUGAGGUUUGGUUAUUUGAUGAGGUUUGGUGAUAUGGUGAGUUGUGGUGAGGUUGUUGUUAGAGGGGGGUUUGGUGAUAUGAUGAUAUGGUGAGGUUUGGUGAUUUGGUGAGCAGGGGUGAGGAUCGGUUUUGAAAUCACAUUAAGGAAGCCUGAAAAGAUCAUCAUUAAUUAUAUUAUUUAAGUUUUGGUUUACAUAGAUCUCAACUCUUCCACUGAGUAUACUCUAUUUGCUGUAAAGGUUUGACUCACCAAAGCAGCUCCCCCCCCCCUCCCAGAGAGAGAGAGAAAGUUCUCUUCCUUUGAAACUGUAUUCUCUUCUUCAGGCGUCAAUCGGUUCUAUGAAGAUCUCAAAGACAUGUUUGGAUUUUAUCCUUGUUUUUUCUGGAAAAUCUGUUGGUGUGUUACAACUCCCGCUAUAUGUCUGGUAAGUGUCUUGCAUUCUCCACUAUAUGUCUGGUAAGUGUCUUACAUUCUCCACUAUAUGUCUGGUAAGUGUCUUACAUUCUCCACUAUAUGUCUGGUAAGUGUCUUACAUUCUCAACUAUAUGUCUGGUAAGUGUCUUACAUUCUCAACUAUAUGUCUGGUAAGUGUCUUACAUUCUCCACUAUAUGUCUGGUAAGUGUCUUACAUUCUCCACUAUAUGUCUGGUAAGUGUCUUACAUUCUCAACUAUAUGUCUGGUAAGUGUCUUACAUUCUCAACUAUAUGUCUGGUAAGUGUCUUACAACCCCCACUACAUGUCUGGUAAUUGUCUUACAUUCUCCACUAAAUUUCUGGUAAAUGUCUUACACUCCCCACUAUAUGUCUGGUAAGUGUCUUAUAUUCUCCACUAUAUGUCUAGUUAGUGUCUUACAACCUCCACUAUGUCUGGUAAGUGUCUUACAUUCUCCUUUAUAUCCCUGGUUAUUGUCUUACACCCUACACUAUAUGUCUGGUAAGUGUCUUACAACCCCAUUAUGUAUCUGGUAAGUGUCUUACAACCUCAGCUAAGCGUCUUGUCAGUUUGUUACAACCCCGUAAUGUGUCGUGUAAGUGUCUUACCACUACACUGUCUCUUGAUCGUCUGUUACAACCCACACUAUUUGACAUUGAAUGGAUUGUACUGUUCAAGUCUCCAAAUAUUAUCGAUUCGAUUACCUUCAAACGAAAUGGCAUGCUUGAAAUUCACGAAGUAAAUGUUUAGUUCAGGAUGUGGUACACUUGUUUAGUUCAGGAUGUGGUACACUUGUUUUUUUAUAGUAUGGUACUAUCGUUUCUUUCAUAGUAUGGUUCUCUUGUUUCUUUCAGAAUGUGGUACUGUUAUUUAUUACAUAGUAUGAUAAACUUUUUUAUUUCCUAAUGUGGUACUCUUGUUUUUUUAUAGUUUGGUACGCUUGCUUAUUUUAGAAUGUGGAAAUCUUGUUUAUCUCAGAAAGUAUUACUCUUGUUUAUUUCAGAAUGUGGUACUCUUGUUUAUUUCAUAGUAUGGUACUCUUGUUUUUUUAUAGUUUGGUACUCUUGCUUAUUUAAGAAUGUGGUAAUCUUGUUUAUUUCAGAAAGUUGUACUAUUGUUUAUUUCAGGAUGUGGUACUCUUGUUUCUUUCAUAGUGUGGUACUCUUGUUUAUUUCAGCAUGUGGUACUGUUGUUUAUUUCAGCAUGUGGUACUGUUGUUUAUUUCAGCAUGUGGUACUGUUGUUUAUUUCAGCAUGUGGUACUGUUGUUUAUUUCAGCAUGUGGUACUGUUGUUUAUUUCAGCAUGUGGUACUGUUGUUUAUUUCAGCAUGUGGUACUGUUGUUUAUUUCAGCAUGUGGUACUCAUAUUUAUUUCAGGGUGUGGUACUCUUAUUUAUUUCAGGGAGUGGUACUCUUCAGCGUGUUCACAUUUCAGCCAGUCACGUACGUAGGGUAUCAGUUCCCAACAUGGGCGCACGCUGUAGGUGGCGUCGUGGGGGCGUCCUCCAUCAUCUGUAUACCUGUCUAUAUGGUGUACAAGUUCCUCAUCACCAGUGGAUCAUUAUCACACGUGAGUAGUCGCGGGCUUUGCUUGACGGCAUUCCUAGAGCCACGCCUACUCUAACGUAUUUUACGACUCACGCACUGUUCACGUCGUCCCGCUCAAAUCUUUACGCAUCGAAAAUCAUCACCUCUAUCCUCAAAAGAGACUUCAACCGGUUUUAUGAAAGCGUCCGAAAUAUUGAGGUCUGGGAUAUUGAGGUCUGGGAUAUUGAGGUCUGGGAUAUUGAGGUCUGGGAUAUUGAGGCCUGGGAUAUUGAGGUUCAAAUAUAGAGGUCUGAAAUAUUGAGGUCUGGGAUAUUGAGGUUCAAAUAUAGAGGUAUGAAAUAUUGAGGUCUGGGAUAUUGAAGUUCAAAUAUAGAGGUAUGAAAUAUUGAGGUCUGGGAUAUUGAGGUUCAAAUAUAGAGGUAUGAAAUAUUGAGGUCUGGGAUAUUGAUGUUCAAAUAUAGAGGUAUGAAAUAUUGAGGACCGAUAUGAUAAAGUCCCAAGUAUUGAGUUCCCAAAUAUUGAAACCCUAGAUACUUAGGUCCCAGAUGUUAAUUCCGAUAUAUAGAAUUCCUAGAUAUUUAUGUUGUUUAGAUGUAGAGAGUUGCCUGAGCAUACUUACACAUAUUAUAUAGGUUCAGAAAAUAUGAAUGAUAUGGGCGUCGGUUCAAUAACCUUUAAAACAAACCUAUAAAAUUAACUGAUAAAUUAAACCUAUAAAAUUAACUGAUAAAUUAAACCUAUAAAAUUAACUGAUAAAUUAAACCUAUAAAAUUAACUGAUAAAUUAAACCUAUAAAAUUAACUGAUAAAUUAAACCUAUAAAAUUAACUGAUAAAUUCAAUCUAUAAAAUUAAAUGAGAAAUUAAACAAUUGAAUUAAUCCAUUGUAUUAAUAUAUAACUAUAACCUACGCGUAUCCUGAGUUCAUCAAUAAAGUGACGCCAUUCUGUCCACAGAGAGUCAAGAUCCUGUUCCGACCAGACCUGAACUUUAGAAGAGGAAGUUCUGACCCCCCGCCUUACUCAGCCAUACCAAGGACGGUGGGGGGUGGCGUUGUAAGGUUGUGAGGUGUCUCUGGGGGAGCAGCCCCCAGAGGAUCAUACAAGUGUCUAUACACCACCCCCAUUCCCCCCCCCACAACGGUUUGGGGUAUUGUCCAUCACGGGUUGGGGGGAUCUUUAAGUUUAGUAUUCCUUGAUUCGAUGGACUUGAAGGACGUCAAUCAUGGAAGUGUGUUGUACAACAGUUGUAUGAAGAUGUUGGAUCAAGAUGAUGGAUGAAGGCAUUUGAAGGUGACAGAGACCACGAAUGAGAGGCUAUAAGAUAUUGGGAGGCUUUAGGAUAAUGGAGGGCUAUAGCUUAAUGGGAGGCUAUAGGAUAAUGGGAGGCUAUCCUAGGCUAUAGGAUAAUGGGAGGCUAUAGGAUAAUUGGAGGCUAUAGGAUAAUGGGAGGCUAUAGGAUAAUGGGAGGCUAUCCUAAGCUAUAGGAUAAUGGGAGGCUAUAGGAUAAUUGGAGGCUAUAGGAUAAUGGGAGGCUAUAGGAUAAUGGAAGGCUAUAGGAUAAUGGGAGGCUAUAGGAUAAUGGGAGGCUAUAGAAUAAUGAGAGGCUAUAGGAUAAUGGGAGGCUAUAGGAUAAUGGGAGGCUAUAGGAUUAUGGGAGGCUAUAGGAUAAUGGUAAGGUAUAGGAUAAUGGUAAGGUAUAGGAUAAGGGAAGGCCUAUAAGAUGAGAGAAUUACAGUGAAACCUGGAAAUAGCGAAAACUUCAUGGCAUUAACCCUGGCAAGAGCGCGAAAUCUCCAACGCCCCCCCGCCUCCCAACCCGGGGAUGGAAGUGUGUCUGCCCCCCCUCCCAACCCGGGGAUGGAUGUUUGUCUGCCUAAUCCUCAUGCUGGCUGGAAAUAAAUAGUGGAACAACGAGAUAUUUUAGGCUUGAAAAUAAAAGACAAGACAAUAUUAAGCGGAUAAUUGGAUAUUUCGGCUAGAUGCCUUCUUCACCAGACAAAACAAUAGAUGGCUGUUUCGGCUAAAUGCCGUCUUCAGCAGACAAG